AGAUAUUAGUUCGACUAACGUAGUACCGAAAAGUGGGUGUUGCUUUCAUCAGUGGUUUGCACUCGUACCAAUAGGCCUGUACUCGUUUCUCGAAAGCUUACGACGGCUUCGUUCGAAUUAGUUUUACUUUCCAUGUUAGCUGUAUGAUAUAGCCAUGAAUUCAUUAUAAUCAUAGACGUGGGAGAUAUCCUCUAUCAAAAUGAUAGGGGGUUUAUUUGUUUAUAAUCAUAAAGGAGAGGUACUCAUUUCCAGAGUAUACCGUGAUGACAUUGGCCGAAAUGCUGUCGAUGCAUUUCGAGUUAAUGUUAUCCAUGCACGCCAACAAGUACGCUCUCCUGUGACCAAUAUCGCUAGAACAUCAUUUUUUCAUAUAAAACGUGCUAACAUCUGGUUGGCUGCUGUAACUAAGCAAAAUGUCAACGCUGCAAUGGUAUUUGAAUUUCUUCUCAAGAUCAUUGAUGUCAUGCAAUCAUAUUUUGGUAAAAUAUCAGAGGAAAAUAUCAAGAACAAUUUUGUAUUGAUUUAUGAAUUACUCGAUGAAAUAUUGGAUUUUGGAUAUCCCCAAAAUUGCGAUACCGGCGUAUUAAAAACAUUUAUCACUCAACAAGGAGUUAAAUCGGCAACAAAAGAGGAACAAGCUCAAAUAACAUCACAAGUAACAGGACAGAUAGGAUGGCGACGAGAAGGUAUCAAAUAUCGUCGCAAUGAACUUUUCUUGGAUGUAUUAGAAUAUGUGAAUCUCUUGAUGAGCCCACAAGGCCAAGUUCUUAGUGCACAUGUUGCAGGAAAGGUGGUAAUGAAAUCUUACUUGUCUGGUAUGCCAGAAUGUAAAUUUGGUAUCAAUGAUAAAAUUGUUAUGGAAUCUAAAGGCAUAAAAGGUGGUGGUGGAUUAGGAGGUGGAGGCGAUGAUCCUUCUGGUGCUAGAUCUGGUAAACCUGUUGUUGUUAUCGAUGAUUGCCAAUUUCAUCAGUGUGUUAAGCUCAGUAAAUUCGAAACGGAACAUUCCAUUAGUUUUAUACCACCAGAUGGUGAAUUUGAAUUAAUGAGGUAUCGUACGACAAAAGAUAUAUCGUUACCGUUCCGCGUUAUUCCAUUGGUUAGAGAAGUGGGUCGCACGAAAAUGGAAGUUAAAGCCGUUUUGAAAUCAAACUUUAAACCUUCAUUGUUGGGACAAAAAAUAGAAGUACGCGUACCGACACCUUUAAAUACUGCAGGAGUACAAUUGAUUUGUUUGAAAGGAAAAGCCAAAUAUAAAGCAUCUGAGAAUGCUAUUGUUUGGAAGAUAAAACGAAUGGCUGGUAUGAAGGAAACUCAACUUUCAGCAGAAAUUGAUUUACUUGAAACGGAUACAAAAAAGAAAUGGACAAGGCCACCAAUAUCAAUGAACUUUGAGGUACCAUUCGCUCCAUCAGGUUUUAAAGUUCGCUAUUUGAAAGUAUUUGAAUCUAAGUUGAAUUACUCUGAUCAUGAUGUUAUAAAAUGGGUUAGAUAUAUAGGUCGGAGUGGCUUGUACGAGACACGGUGCUAGUAAAGUCUCGUUCUAUGCAUUGUGUAAAUGAGUAAUCUCAAAUCAGAUAUAUAUAUAUAUAUAUAAAUUUCUCAAAAUCAUUUUAAUUGCGACGCAUUUUCAAUGCAACGAUCCAAAACAUUUAAAAAUAAAUUAGAAAAUCAAGCAUAUAGAUGAGAAAUAAUCUUGAUACCAAAGGAUUCAAUUCCUUUGUGCCAUUGUGUUUUUAUCAUCGAUUUGUUUAUAUAUAUAUAUAUAAUAUAUAGGAUAAAAUUAUUUAUCCGGAAUUCAAUGAAUUAUGUAUAAUUAUCAUUGACAUUUUCAAUGAUAGAUUAUAAUGGUUUACAUUUAAUAUAGAUUACGUUAAAUGAUUUUUUAUGAAGUUUUCUUAAUUACGUAAUUUGUAGAGUCACAAAAUAGUAAAAUUUAAUUAUGCGGUCUCUACUAUCGGUACUAUUUACUGGUCUUUCAUAAAUUAUGGGACCAGAAAUACAAUAAAAUAAUAAUCACUUUGGUAUCAUCAUAAAAACUGCCCUUGUACAGUUACCGUUGCAGUAGAUCAUUUACGUAAUACAUUGUAAGGGAUCGUUCCGAUAUAUACGUUUGAUUAAUGUUAAAUUAUUGAAUAUGUUUGUCAUAAUUUAUAAAAUUGUGAGUAUAAAUUUUUGGAUCGAUGGUAAUAGCGUAACAAAUGAUCGCUUUCGUCUGUCUAUGUUGAAUUCUACUCAUGUGAUUAAAUAUAUAUAUAUAUACACACAUAUAUAUGUAUACUCCAAA